GAUAUCAGUCACGAUACUAAGAAAUUCCGGUUUGGGCUACCGUCGCCAGAUCAUGUAUUAGGAUUACCUGUAGGCCAACAUGUUUACCUUUCUGCAAAGAUUGAUGGUAAUCUGGUGAUUCGAGCCUAUACUCCAGUUUCCAGUGACGAGACAAAAGGUUAUGUUGAUUUAAUUAUAAAGGUCUACCACAAAAAUGUGAAUCCAAAGUUUCCAGAAGGUGGGAAGAUGUCCCAGUACCUAGAUGACAUGAAGAUCGGAGAUGAUAUUGACUUCAGAGGGCCAAAUGGGCUCCUUGUCUAUAAGGGGGCAGGUACCUUUCUUAUCAAGCCUCAUAAGAAGUCUGAAGCAGAGAAGAAGUUUGCAAAGCAUCUUGGGAUGAUAGCUGGAGGAACAGGAAUAACUCCUAUGUUGCAGCUGAUCCGUCAUAUCACAAAUGAUCCUAAGGACUCCACAAAAUGUUACCUUCUUUUUGCUAAUCAGACAGAAAAAGAUAUAUUGUUGAGAGCUGAGCUAGAAGACAUUGCUAAGAGGCAUCCUGAUCAGUUCACGCUUUGGUAUACUCUGGACAGACCUCCACAAGAUUGGAAGUACAGUUCUGGCUUCAUCACCGCAGACAUGAUUAAAGCCCACCUCCCGUCCCCUGGCAGUGAGACACUCGUGCUCAUGUGUGGGCCACCCCCGAUGAUUCAGUUUGCGUGUCAGCCCAACCUGGACAAACUGGGCUAUUCCAAGAGCAGUACAUUUUCUUACUAACACUGAUAUCAUCUGAUACCUUUUCGUAAGUACUGCCUGUUUUCCUGCAAGAACAGCUGGUGUGUAACGGGUGCAGUAUUAUUUUCUGUGUGUUUUUUAACUGCCUAAUGUAAUUUGUGUUUACAAUUUUAUAAUUACCUUUGCGUGUUUUAAUAC